UGUAAAAUGCACGUAAAUAAUGAUGAAAAAAAAAUCCGGCUUUCUGAGCUUAACGAAUUCAUAACAUGUAAUAUUUGCAAAGGUUAUUUGAUCGAUGCAGUAACUAUCACAGAAUGCCUUCACUCAUUUUGCAAAUCCUGCCUCGUAAAACAUCUUGAAGAGAAAUUUGAUUGCCCCGUUUGUGGUGUCCUGAUACAUCAUAGCCACCCUCUAAAUUAUGUCAGUUUUGACCGUACCUUGCAAGACAUUGUGUAUAAAGUUGUUCCCUAUCUUCGUGAACAAGAGAAGAGUGCUCGUGAAGCCUUUUACCAAAGAAUAGGAAAAACCCCACCUCCUUCUGAGGGUAAUUUUUAUCCCAUAAAUUCUCUAAAGUCAUAUUUAUAUUGUUCUUUUUAUUCUUGUCUGGAUUUAUCAUUUAUUUUCUAA